CCCACUCUCCACGUGACUCCCAUGUGCGAAAUAAUUGUUUUUUUCAUGGAAAAUUCAUUGUUUAGUUGAUAAUGGACGCUUUUGAUUUGUUUAAACAACUGUCGGCAGGUGCUAAGUUCGAUAAGAAACGGUUUAAGAAGGACAUUGAGUACUUCCAGUUUGGAAAGAAAUUAGAGAAGAAUGUGAACCUUCAAAGCAUUAAAAUCGAGCCUGUGGACGAUAUCUCCCCAUCAAAAAAACGAAAAGCAAGAGACGAAGGCCCUGAAGAUGAUUCCACCACUAUUGACGCCUCAUCACCAAAAGGACAGACUUUAACACUUCUGAAUGGACUUUCCACGGCCACUGAUGAUCGCAAGAACACCAAAAAGAAAAAUAUGACGACCGAGGAGAGAGAGUCCCAGCAGCACCAGGAGAAGAUCAAUCAGUUCAGGAAUUCUCACAAGAUUGCUGUCGUUGGCCGAAGGAUUCCUGAGCCAAUAGCUUCAUUCGAGGAACUCGCUCGUCAUGGGGUUGGAGCUGACUUGAUCGAGAAUCUUAAUAAAUGCGGGUACAAGGAGCCCACGCCCAUUCAGAUGCAAGCAAUGCCGAUUCUUCUGGAGGGCCGUCAAGUCCUGGCGUGUGCCCCGACAGGAUCCGGCAAGACAGCAGCCUUCCUCCUGCCCAUAAUCCACCACCUGGAGGGCCCACGAAAGCUGGGAUUCAGGGCGAUAGUCCUCAGCCCGACCCGAGAACUGGCAAAGCAAACCUAUCGAGAAUGCAUGAGGCUGUCAGAGGGACGUGGCUUCCGCAUCCACAUCAUCAGCAAGGUCAAGCAAGCUCUGGAGAAAUACGGGCCCAAGAGCUCCCAGAAAUUCGACAUCCUGAUAACAACCCCAAAGAGACUGAUCUACCUGUUAAAUCAGGAUCCACCAGCCAUCAAUCUCUCAAACGUGGAGUUUCUGAUUGUCGAUGAAGCUGACAAGCUGUUUGAGGAGGGGACCAGGGGCUUCAGGGACCAGCUGGAGCAGGUAUCGAAGGUCUGCACCAACGAGACAUUGAGGAGAGCCAUGUUCAGUGCGACAAACACACCAGUCGUCACCAAGUGGUGCAGGCACAAUCUGAAGGGUCUGAUCAAUGUGACCAUUGGCCACAGGAAUGCAGCGACCGAUCUAGUCGAGCAGGAGCUGACGUUCGUGGGGAGCGAGAGGGGGAAACUAGUGGCUUUUAGGAAUAUCAUCUCCGGGGGACUGUCUCCACCUGUUCUGAUAUUCGUGCAGAGCAAGGAGAGGGCGCAGGAGCUGUUCAACGAGCUGAUUUAUGAUGGGAUCAAUGUGGAUGUCAUUCAUGCUGACAGAACGCAGACACAGAGAGACAACGUCGUGAGGUGCUUCAGGGAGGGAAAAAUAUGGGUCCUCAUCUGCACAGAGCUCAUGAGUCGGGGCAUUGACUUCAAGGGUGUCAAUCUCGUCAUCAAUUACGAUUUUCCACCGUCAGCAAUAUCGUACAUCCACAGGAUCGGGAGGACAGGACGAGCUGGACACAGGGGAAAAGCCAUCACAUUCUUCACUGAGAGCGAUACUGCUAAUUUGCGGAGCAUCGCAGCUAUCAUGAGGGACUCUGGGUGUCAAGUUCCUGAGUAUAUGCUAGCCAUGAAGAAACACAGCAAGAGGGAUAGGAGGAAGAUGGAGAGGGAGGCACCCAAACGUGAUUCCAUAUCAACUAUUCCUAAAUUUAGGAGGAGAAGGAAUAACAGUGAAAAAUCCACAAAACCAUCCAUUAAACAGCAUCAGGAGAGUUCAAAUAAAGGAGAAAAAUCAGGAAACAAGAAAGAAGUGCCUAAAGUCAACAAAAAAUUAUCUAAAAAUAUUCAUAAAUCCAAAAAUACGAAAGGUGUGAAGAAAUCUGGAGUCAAAGCACGUAAGCCCGAAUAAAAUUUGAUUUUAUUUCAUUUUUAUUGAAAAUGCAUUUUACAAAUUACAAAAACAGAUUUGAGUUCAACAUCUCUUGAAUAUCUAGAUCAGACACCAAUAUCGACUAGAAUAUUUUCAUUUACAUGGGUUAUUUUUUAAUAUCAAAAGUCAUGGGUGCAACCUAAUCAUUAAUUGGAUUAUUAUGCAUCAAUAAUAUCUUCGAGUGUUCAUCAAAUUAAAAAAAAAAUUUUUUAA